CUAAUUCACAGUGAAUUUGUGACAUUUUGUAUCUGCCAGCGAAAGCGCCAAUAUAGAAUUUAUGCAGAAAUAAAUGGUGGAAAAUGUUCAUUUUGGCCUAACAACAAAAUUUUCGUGGUCCCAGUACAAAAUUACUGCAUUGCUAUUUAAUAAAAUCAUAAAAAUCGUAUUACAUAGUGUGUAAAGAUGUCGUUCUUCGGCGGAAGCACUUCACUGGGUGCAACAAGCACGCCCGCAAAACCUGGUGGCAUAUUUUCGUCGUUCGGCACUGGCAGUGCGGCUGCUGCUCCAGCUUUCGGCACAGCGACAUCAACCGCUGCACCGGCGUUUGGUACAUCCGCUUUUGGCACUACAGGUUUUGGCAGCGCUGCACCUUCAUCUGCACCCUCUCUCUUCGGUGGUACUGCAACAGCUCCCAACACAACAGGAUUCGGAGGUUUUGGUGCGGCAACAUCCACAGCACCUUCAUUCGGCGGUUUCGGAACGACUGCCGCCACUAGUGGUUCGGGUUUUGGUGGAUUUGGUGCCACAUCAACAACAACAACAGCUCCGGCCUUUGGUGGAUUCGGUACGCAAGCAAGUGCUUUCGGUGGUUUUGGUACCGGCGGGAGUACAUUCGCUUCAUCUUUUGGUAAACCUGCCGCUCCAACGGUUACACCCGGAUUUAGUGGCUUCGGUGGCGCCACGAACUUCAUGCUAGGUCAGCCGCAGCAACAAGUGCCACAGUUAUCACCAGAUGAAGCUUUCGCUCAAUCCAUUUUCAAUGUUUCGAUUUAUGGUGAUGAACGUGACACCAUUAUUGCCAAAUGGAAUUACCUGCAAGCUCUGUGGGGUACCGGAAAAUCAUUUUACUCACAAAAUGCCGUUUCGGUCGAAAUUACGCCCCAAAAUUAUUUAUGCCGUUUCAAAGCAAUGGGCUAUAGCCGCUUACCGGGAAAAGAUAAUAAAAUGGGAUUGGUCGCGCUGAAUUUUAAUAAACCGGUGGAUGUAAAAGCUCAACAACAGCAAAUUAUGACCUCACUUAACAGCAUCUUUGGAAAUAAACCGAACUUGGCUAUAAAUAUUGAGUCCAGCAAAGAGCAUGAACAGAAUAAGUGUCAGUUAGUCAUAUACGUAGAGGAGCGCUCCCAAAUGUCCCCUAACGAAACGAAACGUAUACUCGCCACCGAAGUUUCCAGCUAUCUCAAUCAGGCGAACAUGAAAGCACAAUUAGCCACUCUUGGUAUUGCUGAAGUGCUGGCAUUGGUUUUGCCCGACGAAGAUCAACUUAAAGAAUAUUUAGAGAAUCCACCAAAGGGCAUUGAUCCGCGCAUGUGGCGUCAAGCGAAAUUGGAUAACCCAGACAAAUCUAAGUUCAUACCAGUACCAAUGAUCGGGUUCAAUGACCUCAAAUGGCGCACAAAGUGUCAAGAGCAUGAAACAGAAACACAUGCGCUCUACCUAAAGAAAGUAGAAAAGGACUUGGCUGAAUUAAGGCAAAGACAUACUGCAGCAACAGCAAGAAUAAUGGAGCACAAGCGAAAAUUAGCAGAAUUAAGUCAUAAUAUAUUAAAAAUUAUCGUAAAGCAAGAGUGCACUCGCAAAAUCGGACUGGCAUUAACACCAGAAGAGGAGGCGCUACGAACAAAGCUCGAAAAUAUGCAAGCCUUAGUAUCAGCUCCAACACAAUUUAAGGGACGUCUCAGCGAACUUUUAUCCCAAAUGCGCAUGCAACGCAAUCAAUAUGCUUUCAGCGGUGGUAGUGAAUAUGCUAUAGACAAGGAUAGUGAGGAGGAAAUGAAAUCAUUUUUGGCUAUGCAGCAGAAAGCGAUGGAAGUACUGACAGAAGUCGUAACAAAGGACUUGAAAGCAUUACAAAUUAUCAUGGAAGGCAUGCCUGAGCUGGUACGAGUUUAGUAGUGAUUGCUUAGAAAUAAAGGAAGAUUUAACGAAAUAUUUUAUAACUGGAGUAAGUAAAAAUGAAUGAAUAAAUUGUUUUGCAUUCGUAUAAUGGAAAAUCAGGUGAUUGCUAAUACCAUGUAUAAAUUUUGAGAAUGCAUAGUUUUUUACGUGGAAUUCGCGAUAAACCUAAUUUGGUUUUAAGUAAGAUGAUUUGUGGAAAAUUACGAUUUCAAUUGUUUCUGCGUAAGACUGGGUCUAACACAGCCAGCUCAACCUACUAUUUUCCCAUUACAUAUUGUAUAUUCAGUAUAAAAUACCAGAUUUUCAUUAUCAUCAUUUGUUUGUAUUUCAUUUUAUGUAAUACAAUAUUUUUUUUUUAUAAGCAGGUAUUUUCAUUUUGUCGCAUACAACAAUUAACUUCUUAACGCGAAACUUUUUCAAAACAUAUUUCAUCGUUUAUAUUGCAUCUGCGUCCUUGUAUGUUGGUAGCUGCAUUAUUGUUUAAUAUUUCCUGUUUGAGUAUAAGCUAAAAAAUAUAUAUAUAUCUUUGCA